AAUUUCUACAAUCCGAAAUCACUUCCUCGCUCCUAUAAAUACCCCCACUCUCACCCUUUAAAACCUUCUUUUCAGCGAUUUCUACAGGCCCCCGCAAGAUUGUUUUUGGCGUCUGAAUUCCGCUCCGAAAUCGGUUCUAGGUCAUUUUCGUUCUUUUAUUUGUGAAUUUUGGACUACCAAAUUAAUAAAUUGGAUUCCAAACCCUAGCUUCCAUGUUUCCGAUCCCUCCGUUUUUAUGACGUGCCCCAUCUUGAUGCGAAGAAUUCGAAUUCUCCACUCUUUCUCAGUAGUUUUUCUCUACUGGUUCUACGUGUUUUCAUGAACUAGCCUUCAUCCGAAACCCUAAUUUCAUUGCAUUCCGACGAAAUUACCGUCGAUUAGAGAAGUUUUAAAUUUUCGAGCGAAUUAGGAAAACCCACAUACCGAAAAACCCUAUUAUUUGUGCAUCCCCUUCGAGGAAUGGCUUUGAAGCAGCAGCAGCCAGCGAGUCCUGGUUCCGAUGGGGACGAGAGGAAGAGGAAGAGAAAGCUGUCUAACCGUGAAUCUGCACGACGGUCGCGGAUCAGGAAGCAGCAGCAUCUCGACGAACUGAUCGCGCAAGAGCAGAAGAUGCUCGAGGAAAACAAGAAGCUGAGGGAGAUGAUCGAUGGCGCCUCCCAGCUCUACCUCAACUUUGCAUCCGAGAACAACGUGCUGAGGGCUCAGGUGUCCGAGCUGACUGACCGCCUCCGGUCACUGAAUUCUGUGCUUCAGAUUGCAUCAGAGGUGAGUGGUUUCGCCUUUGACAUUCCGGACAUUCCAGAUACUCUGCUCGAGCCAUGGCAGCUGCCCUGCCCUGUUCAUCCCAUCCCUGCCUCUGUUGACAUGUUCCAGUACUGAUGUGCGAGAUUGGGAGGAUUCUGGUGAUUCCCUUAUGGUUGUUUGCAUUGGUUAGUUGGUAAUUUUCUUGUUUAUAGCAAUUAUGGUGUUUGAUUAACCAGGAUUUUGCAGUAUUGUCUUAACACUAAGGUCCCAUAUUUAGGUUUUAUAAGUUUGUGUUCUCCUUUUUGGUCUUGGUUGUGUUUGGAUUAGUCUCUAGUAGUUUUAUGAUGUUGUUCUUGAUUGAUGGUUUUGUGGCAAUAAAUAAAUAUCUCAUUUGUAC